CCUCCGAAUCGAAGAAUAGCUUGCACGUGAUUUCCCGCGAACUGUCAACUUACAGCGACUUUCGAUAUCAAUUAAAAUGAAAACCAAGUUAACUGUUUCAAUUGAUCAAUAUGGCAUCUGUAUUCCAAUAAACCGUGAAAAGCUGUUUGAAAGCAUUUUUAAGAAAGAGGCGCAUGGAAAAGUAGAUAAAAUUUGGCAUAGUCCUGGUCACAUCUUUGUUGGACUGAAAGAUCAAAAGAAACAUUACACAUUUGACACCAAAACUUUGGACUAUGUUGAGAGUACUGAUGACACGGCUUACUUUGACAUCAAUGAACCUGUGUUGACAGUUCUUGUGCGACCACCAAAUGGAGUUUUGGUGGUGCUUGAAAGUGGAUACAUUAACUAUUGGAGCUACCAGUACGACAAAAAGUGGAAAUUUCACAAGCGUUUGAACCUUCUUGAUGAUAGAAUAGCGUUUGUAACUGAAGCCUGCUGCAAUGUUUCCCAGAAUGCAUUGUACUGGUGUGAACGGGCAUCACUAGACGAAGGGAUGGGAAAACAGGCGUGGAUUAUAUAUAAGCGGCAGUUUUUAGAAGGAGAUAAAAGGAGUGAAGCCAAAUUAGGUCCAGUUGUUCCACUGGUGACAGGCAUUACAGAUUGCUCCCUUUUUCCUAUGGGUCAUGGGUUUAUAUGCUGCACAAAACUUAGGUCGGUCACGUCUGAGCUGACACACGUGUUCAUCAUCUGUACGAUGACAGGUCAUGUUGACCUAGUUGUCAGUCAGGAGAAGGUCACUCUGCCAGAGGUCACUGUCCACUCAACGGUGACCUUCAAAGAUCUCGUUUUGAAAAGUCUGCCUUACCUAGAAAAGCUGAGGAAGGACCCAGUUGUGUGCAGUACAUUCAUCUCAAAUACUCAGACGCUUUUGUUGCUGAAGACAAGUGGCAAACUGGUGUUGGUGGAGAAAGAAAAAGAGGGCGCUCUGACGUCUGUGUACCUGCCCCACCUGGAGACUCGUGGCAUUGUAGACAUGCUGGUGCAGUCUGGAUUGGUUGGAGUCCUGUACCCAGAAUUCAUACAAUUUCACAGUUUGAGCAUGGGGGAGUAUGUCUGCCGGGUGGAAUGUCCAUCUGGUUCCCAGUUCCUGGGCUGCAGUAUAUCCCUGCUGGGAGCCGUACAGACGUUCAUACUCAGUGACCAGAACCUGCAUUCUUUGCUGACUUGCUGUGAAGACAGCUCAGAUAUGAUAGAGAGUGCCUUGUUAAAGCAUGGUCAGUUCCAGUCAGAUGCACUCAGGCUCUCUUAUAUUGAUAGGAUGUUCAGGUACUCCAUUGGUUGUCCAGGUCAGAUAUCCCGCGAUGAUUUAAAGCAGGCUUGGUUAGAGAGCCUGGAACUUCCUCCUUCCACCAAACUGCAGGCUGUUGUUGAACCGUUCCUCUCUGAAUAUUGGAAGAUGGAACAGAUGUUGCAGCAAAGCCUCGACCAGCCACAGUUGAUCGCCAGUAUGCCGCUGUUCUCUGUGAAGGAGGAAGUGGGGAAACUGCUGGAGGCGCCCUCUGGUGUUGCUAGGCAACCCCACUUGACGGCCCUGGCUGAGCACUAUCCUGUACAGGUGCUGGAUGCCUUGAUGGAGUAUCUACAUAUGUCAAAUGAUGAAUUAAGUACAGAUUUUAGCACAUCUGAACAACAAAAAUGGCAGAGGGUCAUCGCUAUGGAAACCAGUGCUGGGAGUGCAGUCCCCUUGUUUGAAUCUAUGUGUCAGCUACUGUAUAAGCAUAGGCCAAAUCUGCUGUUGAAGUUUUUGCACUUUUCCCAGAAGAUGUGUGAUGUCAACAUGGGCGGUGUGUCAGCUUUCUCUCGUAGGAGGCACACACCAGUAAUGUUUGAAAGAGCCUUGCGGUGUUUUCCUGACCCAUCCAUAUCAUCUGACGUGAAGAUGGCAGUGAUAGUACAUGCCCAUGUCCUCGUCAUCAGUGAUGGGGAUCUAUGUGUGUUACAAGCCAUCCAAUUACUGCUUAAGUACAAGCAGUGGGAGAGCUGUGUUGAUUUACUAGAACAAUUCAAGGAUCAAGGGAGGGAAUUUCAGCUCCUGUAUCAAGUUGUGCUCAACUCCCUUGCAAAGAACAAGCAGCUGUCUCAGCAUGGGGAUAAAAUAUUCAGGUUGAUGCCAUCAUUAGAAAGCUGCGACUUCGCAGUAAAGAAGCAUUCCAAAGAAAUAACCUCUUCAGAGCAAAAGUUUGGCAUUCUCUGUAGUCAUGGAAACAACAACAUAGCUGAGGUGAAUGACCAUGGUGAUCGUGCUGAAGUUGACUCAGAAUCAGUUCAUUCUGGUGUAUUAGUUUUUGCCGAUAAGGAUGGGGUAAAUUCAACAGUAAGUGUGGACAAUGUGAGACCAUAUCUGCUGCAGUGUUUGCAGUUGGACAGUUGAAUGUUUUAAUUGUUGGCAGAUGUGAUAUUGCAGGAAUGUAUAUAAAUAGACAAAUUUAUAUGGUAUUCUUAAGACUGCCUAAAUCAAUUAUAUGUAUUUAUGCCAAAGUGUAAAGAUAUUUGAAAUGUGUUGGUCAUAUGAGGGUGCUUAUGACGUGAUGUGCAGCACAAAGGAUUUGUUAUUUGAUUAUACAAUAGCCCCUUUUUACAAUACACCAAAAUUGAUAAGAGGCCGAAGUCACGUGACUUGCAGAAUUCCAGAACGAGGCAGAACGUGUAUGAAAUGCUAAUAGUGCCACUCAACGCCACAUCAGAUUUCAAACAUUCAAUCUUUAAAACAUUUGGCGACGUAUUAAUAUUGUCAAGAUUACAUUGUCAAAAUUAGCAGUAAUAUUUAAUUCCCAUUUUAAGAUUUAUGCAUUAAUUUAAUGUUCUUAAAUAAAGUACUUGUUUUAUUUAUUUUAUUGCUUGCACACAGUUUGAUACUCUUUGUUUUAGCAUUUUUAUUGCGGUGUUUUAUCAAAGAUCGAUCACUAAUCUUGUUUGUUGAUAGAUCUGUGGCUUUAUUGCCACUAUGUAGGCACAAGCCAAUUAUCUAAUGGUGAUCAGAUACUGUGCCGUCAGAUACUAAAUAACAGAGACGUAGAUCACAACAAGUUGUCAUAAACCACACGUAGAAGAUGUUUGGUCAAUAAACAAAAUGUAUAAUA